AUCUGCGGUCGAAUUUCGGUGUGACACACAAGUUGCAUUCUUUAAUUGUGUCCCCUCGGAUCGAUUGAAAGUCAUGGCUGAUCAUGACCUGAUAAGAACUGUCCUGUACACCAUCAAUAAUCUUUUACAACAAGAGAAAUAUAAGGCAGCCUUGGCAGUGGUGAAAGGAUUCAGGAACGGUGCUGUAUAUGGAGCAAAGAUCAGAGCACCACAUGCCCUGGUAAUGACAUUUCUGUUUCGAAGUGGCAGUUUGAAAGACAAACUUCGGGCCAUUUUGAAAGCAACAUACACCCACUCUAGGAACCUGGCCUGCUUUGUGUUCACAUACAAAGGACUACAAGCCCUACAGCAGAAGAUCCAAGGAAAGAGUUUACAGUCCCAUUCCUUCCUCGCUGCCUGUGUUGGAGGAUGGUUGGUGUUCGGAGACAACAACAAUAUCAACAGUCAGAUCAACAUGUACCUGCUGUCCAGGAUCCUCUUCGCCUUGUCUCGACUAGCUGUCGAAAAAGGGUUCAUCCCUGCACCCAAAAAAGACCCUUUCCCACUUUUCGCCACACUGGUGUGGGGUAUUGUGUUGUGGUUGUUCGAGUAUUAUCCACACACCCUCCAACCUUCCCUUCAGUCCUCCAUGAAUUAUCUUUAUCAUGACAGCAACGUGUGGCAUGACAUUUCAGACUUCCUUGUUUAUAAUAAACCAAGGACUGCUGGUUCUCAGAAAUGAAGCUCUCAGAUUUUGAUCUUUCUGAUUAAAUGAUUGUAUAAUUGUUUUAUAAUUAACAUUUUCUUUUUUUUUUUUUGCAUUUUAAAAUUGUAUCUUGAUAUGAACCUGUAACAUGACAUGUAAUUAAAAUGUUUUAAUUUAUUUAGUUAUGAUUGUGAAAUUUGAUCAUAUUUGCAAAGCACUACUUUGACUUAAAAUGCACAAUGCCUUGUAUUAUUUUGUUUUUUUGAGAUUUGUCUGUGUGCAGAAUUCUUAUUUUCAUUGUUUUAAACAAUAUUAAAGUGAAUGGGAUCAUUUUAAAAUGUCCUCUUUGCUUGAAAGUGUGGGAAAGAAAAUGUUUGAAUUGAUGAUUUGGGACUAAAAUGCAAACACCCAGCAUUCCGUGAAGUAUGUUGUAAUUUAAAGUUCAACAGCUUGGUUAAAUCAAACUAAAAAAAAUGACAGAAAUAAAUCACAAAAACAUUAAGAAAAAACAUCAAGAAAUAAAAGUUUUUAAAAACUA